AUCCCUCCUGCUCCAAUGCCGGCAAGCCUCCGCGCCAUCCUCGCGUCCCCGAGUCCUCUCACCGCGCGCGCGGUCGCCGCAGCCCAAGCCCUCCUCCUCACCUCGGGCCUCGCCGCGGACGCCGCCGUCCUCGCGCAUUUCGCCAGGCGCCUCGUCUCCGCGACGCGAGCGCCCGCGGACGCCGUCUCCGCGCUGCUCCGCCUCCGCCCGCGCCCGCGCUGCGCCCACCCCUUCAACGCCCUCAUAUCCCACCUCACCCUCUCCGGCGACCCCUCCGCGGCGUUCCGCGCCUUCUCGGUCCUCGCGGCGGGCGGCGACGCCGGGCGGCCCGACGGGUACACGCUCCCGGCCGCGCUCAAGGCGUGCGCGCGGCUCGGCGGCGGCCUCCGCGAGGGCCGCCAGGCGCACGCGGUCGCGUUCAGGGGCGGGUUCCUGGGGCGCCUCCCCGUCCGCAACGCGCUGGUCACGUUCUACGGUGCGUGCGGCGAGUGCGGCGACGCGAGGAGGGUGUUCGAUGAAAUGGCCGGGCGGGACGUCGUGUCCUGGACCGCACUGGUGUCCGCGUUCGUCAGGGGAGGGAGGUUCACCGAGGCGCUCGCGGUGUUUGGAGAGAUGGACGUCGCGCCGAACGAGGGGACGUUGGCUAGCGCGCUGGUCGCGUGCGGGAGGCUGGGGGCCGUGCGCGCUGGGAAGGCUGUGCACGGGUGGUGUCUUAAGAGGGAGAGGCAGAUGGAACUCAUCGUUGGGAAUGCUCUGUUGGAUAUGUAUGUCAAGUGCGAGAAGUUGGAUCUUGCAAGGAGGGUGUUCGACAGGCUCCUGGUGAGGGACAUUGUUUCUUGGACGGUCAUCAUAAGUGGUUUGGUGCACUGCAGGCUUCCGAGCGAGGCAUUGGAGCUGUUUAAUGGGAUGCAGGCAUCAGGGGUGAAGCCAGAUAAGGUUGUUCUCUCCACUGUCCUCUCAGCUUGUGCGAGCUUAGGCGCGCUGGAGUCUGGGAGGUGGGUGCAUGAAUAUAUAGAGCGUAAAGGCAUCGCGUGGGAUGUGCAUGUGGGGACGUCAUUGGUUGAUAUGUACGCAAAAUGCGGGUGCUUGGAAACUUCUCUUUCAAUCUUCCAUAAGAUGCCCGUCAAGAAUAUAUCAUCUUGGAAUGCGUUGAUCAAUGGGUUCGCAUUGCAUGGUCAUGGUAGGGAAGCUCUUGUGUACUUUGACAGGAUGGUGGCUUCAGGCUUGCCCCCCAAUGAAGUCACCUUUAUAAUCGUCCUUGGUGCUUGCUGCCACACAGGUUUGGUGCAACAAGGCCUCGGGUUGUUUAAUUUGAUGAAAAAUUCAUACAAGCUCUCGCCAUGGGAAGAGCAUUACGGUUGCAUGGUUGAUCUUCUUGGCAGAGCUGGGCUCAUCCAGGAGGCAUACGGUUUAAUUAAGGUCAUGCCUAUGACGCCUGCUGUGUCCACCUGGGGAGCCCUGAUGAGUGCAUGCCAAGCUCAUGGUCGAGUAGAGUUUUCACAGCAGAUUCUAAGGCAUGUCCAUGAGUUGGAGCCCUCUGGGAGUGGCGUUUAUGUACUCCUCUCAAAUUUAUAUGCUCUGAAUGAUAGAUGGACUGAUGUAAAGAGGGUGAGAGGUCUGUUGAGUGAAAAAGGCUUGUGGAAGGAGCCAGGAUCCAGUUUGAUUGAGGUGAAUGGUAAGACCAGUGAAUUUGUAGUUGGACAGACAAAUCAUCAAGAUAUGGAUGCGAUAUGUGCAAUGCUUUUCAUGCUAAUGAAGCAAAUACAUUUCGAUGGGCUGUAAUUCUUCAGGCAGAUUCUCAGUUUUGGUUGGAGAUAUGAUCUUAUGCAUUCAGAAAAUAUCUACUGAUUUAGUUGGUCCUAGGGACUGGAUGGGUAGUCAUUGCACACUGUUAGCAUCAUCUGGCUACACUUAUUUCUGUGGGUGAAUGGUGAUCAAAUCUAACCUUGGAAUGGCUACUGCACAUAUAUACUUCAUUGUUUGCUGCUCUUGUGCUUACGCAGCUUUUCUGGUGUUAAAAAUCUGAACAGCCAUGUGGAGUAUAAAGUCAGCCAGACAUGAUUAACAAUGAAUAUCAGCCAUUGUUUGGUGCCUCUUGGAGUAUCCUGCCCCUCUUCAGUUCUUGACCAUGAUUGAUGGUGAAUUUCAGCAUCAGAACUCCUGGAUGGAGGAAUGGAUUCUGACCCUUACAAGGCACUGGCACAAACCCAGACUAAUUUGUAAUCAUUUUAUACAAGGUGAGGCAAAAAGUUGCAGAACCUUUUACAUCAGAUUGAGUUGAGACUGGUAGAGUUUCUACCCUGCACAUAACUGCGCCAAGAGCUAUACAGAAUAUACCAGCCUUGUAAACAUGCCUGUUAUUAGUCUCUGAAGUUAUCCUGAAGUCUAGAAGGGACAGUUGGUGGAUGUCAUAAUUAUAUAUUCCUCAUUAAAGAAGAAGAUAAAGUGCUGUUCGAGGGGGUCCAAGAGCAUAAAGUGCGGAGAAGUCUCUUGUAUUGAAAUUUGGUCUCCAUCCUGGUGCAUAUAUUGUUUGCCGGACGGAUUGGCGGAAGAGUAUAAAAGCAAAACGAUGUAUUCCUGCAGUUGGUUUUGGGCUUUCAUAACUGACGACUUCAUUUCCUGUAACAAAAUCCGUGUUAACAUGUUAAAAGUGAGUUCAUUCUAGUACAGAAAUUCGAAGAAAUUUCUGCCAUGAAUUGAUGUGAAAGAUAUGGCAAUGUGCUGCUUACUAACCAGGACUCAAAGCUUCCUUGCCAAAUUCAAAGAUUCAUGCAAGGGCAAUGUAUAACAUGCAUGUGCUGCUAGUGAAAUUUCCACGAAGUUCGUCGUACUCCGUACAUCCCGCCCAGCUUGCCGAACAGAAUAUGAUCUCUAAGGAGUGAGGGAAUAUGCCUGCGGAGCUGAUGGGCUUUAGAUAAAGAGAAGGCGGAAAGCAAGAGAAAGAUAAGAGCGCAGGUCUCUUCAGCUGAACUGGUGAAUCCUCUGUGAGUUCUCAAGUUCUAACAUUAAACGAGGCAGGGGUUCCAGUAAUCGGAGUGAAAGCUCACCAUCUCAUCACACCUUUCAUGUCACCUGGAGCAAAUAAACACUACUCCUGAAACUGAACUGGAGUAACGCCUGAAAGGUGCUAUUCUCGUCUAUCAACUGGUUGGCUAUGGAUCACAUGAAUCACUGUAGCUUUGAUGGCACAAGGAGCAUAUCUGCAAAUGGAAGCCGGAUCAGAUGAGUACUGGAUCAGACGGAAGCUGUGCAACCGUUAGAUAUGCAUGACACUUUUGGGGAAAGGGAGGAGCAGGAAAGGCAACGAGGCCAGUUACGUGGACGCAGCGAACGUCAGGCUGGAGGAACCUUUCCACUGGCAUGAUAAUCUUGACCGGAGAUGGAACAGACAAUGAGCCAUCCGCCCAUCCCCCUUCACGUGGCGCAGGAUCCCAUUCGCCGGCCGAUGGGACUCGCCGAGAUGAUGGUCCACCGAACGCCGGCCCUCGGGCCGGGAUUCUGGAAAUGGACUACCAAGAAUCGCCGGAGAGGAUGGUGUGGGAGCGCAAAGCUGCUGAAAAUGGCAAAAAAGAUUGUUCCUCCGCCAUUGGCUCGCUGGAUCAGAAAAUGACACUCAUUGGCGCUAAAAGUCGUUGUCUAGAUUGUUCUCCUGCCAUUGGCUCGUUGGAUCAGAAAACGACGCUAGUUAGGAGUACUGAAGAUCAUUGUCUGUGCUCAGGAUGCAUGGGGAUUUGAUGGCAAAGGAAACGUACGUACGUGGACAGCAACUGUCCUCUGGCUGAGCUGUGCGCCUACAGUGUCACCACCCAAAUUCGGCUUUCUUUUUGGAUCGAAGUUGAAUGCUUGUUCUUGUUAAGCAAUAACUUUCUUCUUAGAACCGAAAUCGCAAAAAGCAAACAAGUGCAUGUUUGCCUCAUACAUACUGCUGCAGUUUUUUUACUUGAUAUUUUCAACUACAUCACACGAUUUAAUUACUAUAUUUUUCGUGUGUUUUAACUGUAUUAUUUUCAAUAACAUCGCGUGUUUCAA